AUGUCAAUUAUUUUGAGAUUUGUUGAUUGUUUGGGUAUUUUACGAGAGCGUUUCUUUGAUAUUGUUAAUGUUCCAAAUACUACUGCUUCAACAUUAAAGAAGAGCAUAUCAGAUGUUCUUUCUCGACAUAAUUUGAAUGUCACCAAUAUGAGAGGGCAAGGGUACGACGGUGCUAGUAACAUGUCUGGUGCUUGGAAUGGACUUCAAGCUCUAUUUCUUCGAGAGUGUCCAUAUGCAUAUUAUAUACAUUGCUUUGCUCAUAGGUUGCAAUUAGCAUUAGUUGGAGCUUCUACAAAAGAGAUUUCUGUUUGGCUAUUUUUUUCAAAAUUAUCCACCAUUAUUAAUCUUAUUGGUUGUUCCUCCAAAUGGCAUUCUGAGUUACAUUCUGUUCAAACUAUUGAAAUUGAUCGUAUGAUUACUUCGGGUGAACGGGAUACUGGUAAAGGAAUGAAUCAAAUUGGUAAUUUACAUCGAAGUGGAUCAACUCGAUGGAGCUCUCAUUUUGAAUCUAUUUGCAGUUUAAUUGAUAUGUUUGGUGCAACUAUUUCUGUUCUUGAAAGUAUUGUGGAAGAAGGAUCGUCUAGUUCUUUACGUGGAGAAGCAUGUGGUUGUUUGAUAACUUUGAGAUCUUUUGAAUUUGUUUUCACACUUUAUAUGAUGCAAAAAAUUAUGGGAAUUACAAACCUGCUUUGUCAAGCUUUGCAAAACAAAUCUCUUGAUAUUGUAAAUGCCAUGGAUCUAGUAUCAACUACUAAAGCACUACUUUUCAAUUUUAGAGAAGAAGGAUUUGAUCAUCUCCUAGAAUACGUGCAAAUGGUUUGCACACAACAUGACAUUGAAAUUCCGGAUCUGAAUGCUUCAUACAAAAGUGCAACAAGACGUUCAUGUCAACAAAAAGAUUUGUUGACAAUUCAACAACACUAUCAUUUCAAUAUCUUCAAUUCAGUGAUAGAUUUUCAACAAGAAGAGUUGAAUUCCAGAUUUAGCGAUGAGGCAGUAGAGCUCCUUAAACUUAGUUCUGCUUUGGACCCUAAAGAUAAUUUUAAAUCAUUUAAAGGUGAAGAUAUUUGCAAAUUGGCUGAAAAGUAUUAUCCAGGAGACUUCAGUGAACAAGAAAUGCAUUAUUUGAGAUCCCAACUUCAGCAUUAUAAAAUUGAUGUUUCUCGGUUAGCUUCCAUGGGACAUACGGGAGAUCUCUAA